AUGUCUACGGCAUAUGAGCAGGGGAUAACUGUGUCAGACAAUACAGCAACGAUCUGGUUUUCUUCCAAAGUUAAUACGUCAUGGGUUGAUGUACAUUAUUCUGUUAACAAUGGUGGUCAACAAAAUUUCCGUAUGGCUUACUAUGUUGCUUCCAAACGUUAUACUCAGACGGUGAAUAAUUUAUCUUCCGGAGAAGUAAUCAAAUAUUCAUUUACCUACAAUAACGGCACACCAGCUUAUGAUACACCUUCAUUCAGUACUAACAUUUCCUCAACGACAACGCCAGCACAAUCAUCAUCGUCAAUUCUUCAUCCUCCUCAAUCUUCAUCACAGAGAAAUAGUAGUCCGAUUACGUCAUCAGUUUUUUCGUUUCCUUCUCACGAUAUCCCAUCUGCGAGUGGUAAUGGUGCACUAACAGUUAAGGUGAUUAAUGGAACUGGCGGUGCUUAUCGAGACAACCAGAUUUAUUGGGGCGUCCUGGGAAUUAAUCCUGCAACCAAGCAAUGGAGUUAUCUUGACAGAUUAGGGCAACUGAAGCCAGUUUCUGAGGGAUUAAACAAUGCUGCUGACCAUCUUUCAAAGAACGAUGUUAACUAUGCCAACAUUUACUGUACAAUUAGUGAAGCGUCAUGGGUCAACCUACCAAAAUUGGAUUCUGGACGUAUGUUUCUUUCUCUGGGAUCACCGUGUUACAUCAAAACUUUCGAUAAUGGAUUUGCGGGCCCCGAUAUUAAUAAUCCAUCUGAUCCAAAUCUUAAUAUUUAUUUCGAUUUUAUUGAAUUUACGGUCAAUGACUCCGGUUAUCAUGGAAAUACGACGCGUGUUGAUGGCUUUGCUUUUCCACUUCAACAUCGUCUUGUGAAUCGGGCUGGAAACUAUGACAAAACAGUCGGAGAACUAGAGUUCGAAACACGUGAAUCUUUAUUUUCAAAAUAUCGAACUGAAGUACCUGAUGAAUUUAAAUCUCUUGCCGAUAUUCAAGCUCCUUAUCGAAUAGUGGCACCAAUUCAUGGUUCAUUUGCUACCGGUGGUGCUAAUGGCGAUUAUUUCGCUGGAUAUUCUAAAUACAAUACACAAGAAAUUUUGUUGUGUAAUGGAAGACUACAAGAAUCACCUGAUAUCGGCUCUGCUAUUAAUCGUCAUGUGUUCGAAAAUAAAAGUGAUUGGAUCAACGUUACUAAUUAUUACAAAGCGGCACCUGCUAAUUUUUAUGCCAAGUUUUGGCAUGAUCAUAGUAUCAAUGGUCUUGCCUAUGGAUUCCCUUAUGAUGACUUUAAUGAUCAAGCUUCCUAUUUGCAAGUUCAUGAUCCGAAAGCAUUAAUCAUUCGAGUAGGCUGCCCAAGCCCGUCAGCAAAUAAUGUUGUCCCUAUCAGAGACGUGCAAUCCACGGGUUAUGCUCCGCGGGGCUCCAUGGCUACGGGCGGGCGGAGCAGCAAAUUUCUAGAAACGCCGAAUUUGUCCAUCGCCGGCGCAGGACCAUGA